AUGUUAAAUCAAAACACUUACGAUCAUCUCGCUCAAGAUUGUCAAUUUUAUGAAGAUCCCGGCGAUAAAUACAGGACAGAAGAAGGCGUAUUAUUACCUCUGUGGGAAUUCAAAUACCAGUCUACGAAAGGAAUAGCCGUUACGCAAGUAAAAUGGAACCCUGCUUACAAAGAUCUUUUUGGAGUCACGUUUGGUAUCUUAGAUUUUGCUGAGAACGACGAUAUUGGGGUCUUAUCCGUUUUCACGCUUAAAAAUCCCUCUUUUCCAGAAUUUGUUAAACAUUUCGAUUCAGGAGCAUUGUGUUUAGAUUUCCAUCCCAGGAAGUGUUAUUACGUCUGUGUCGGACUUCAAGAUGGGAGUGUAGCCGUUCAUAAUAUGCAGACACCGAACUGCGAAACACAGUUUCGUAGUACAGUUGAGCAUAAUCAUAGAAGUCAGGUAUGGAGUGUAUUGUGGUGUGAUGACCAUCGAGAUAGACAAUUGAGUUUUUUCUCCGCAGGAGGUGAUGGUCGUAUUUGCAAAUGGCUACUACUUCAAAAUGAACUUUUACAUUCACCGAUCAUAACUUUAUACAUUGAUAAACGUGAAAUUAGUUCAGAUAUUCCUCAUCUGAAACUCAAAGCUAUGCCUACUUGCCUUACGUUCCAUCCCAAAGACUUUGAAAUAUUUAUGUUCGGAACUGCCUUUGGCACUAUUUAUAAAUGCAAUAUUUCAUAUGCUUCAACAUAUUUUUAUCAUAUGAAGGUACAUGAGCUAACUGUUUAUAGGAUCAGUUACAACAGCUUUAUACCCAAGAUAUUCGCGACUGCUGGUGGUGACUGGAGAAUGAAGAUAUGGGCAAGUGCUGCAUAUUUCCAGUUCUAG